AUGGACUCCAGUGAUUCAGAAGAAGACGAAUGGACAGAUGAUGAUUUUGAUGAUGAAGUUGAUGUUGAUUUUGAUGUUAAUGUUAAUUUUAAUGUUAAUGUUAAUGUUAAUGUUAAUGUUAAUGUUAAUGUUAAUGAUGAUGAUGAUGAUGAUGAUGAUGACGAGACCUCAGACCCGUCAGUCCACAAAGUCACUGAUAUCGAUGACGAUCCAAAUGGAGAAUAUGAACGGCUUGAGGAGCUUGCUAAUGAGUUUGGAGGCAUGACGCUGCGCGAAACCGCUGAGGGACUUCGUGCUGACGAGGCUGGGCUACGAAAGAUGCAAGAUCAUGUUCGAGAAAUGAGAAUUGCCAUUUGUGAUUUGAGUAGACAAAUGAAAACAUCUUUAGAAUUGCGUAAAAAAAAAAUCAUUUCUUAUGAAGAUAAUUUACAACUUGAUAUGGCGGAAGCCCGUAUGGAUCGACUGGAAGAUGCAGAAACACGACUCAAGGAAAAGGUGUUAAAUCUCAAAUGUUCAAUACAGCACCGAAAGAUUCGCAAACAGGUGGAGGAGGAGCGGAGGGAGGAAGAAAUUAAGAGGGAGGCUUGGUUGAAACGUGAGGAAGAAGUCAAAGAACUUAUACGCAGUGGAGUGCCUCAGGCAGAAAUUGACCGAAUGCGCAUGCUUGACGAUAAACGGUUAAAGGAAGAGGAGCGCAAACUGGAGAAGAUUCGGGCAAAGAGAAAGGAAGAACAGGAGGCCAGAGAAAAAGAGGAUGAAGAAAAACAUAGGAAUGAGAUGCGAAUCAGGCACUCAAAAAGGUUUAAGGAACAGUUUGAAGCCGCAGUUAGAAAUGCACAGGUGUUUGUGCAAGCACGUGAAGACAGGGAUCGGGUUCUGGAUGCCAUUAUAGCUGCACACACACAGACUAUGGAGGAACGGUACCGAAAUGCCCAUAACACACGGACUGGCACUGUAGCUGAAAUGAUUGAGGUUGGACUGCUUCAGCCUACAGUUGUGGAUUCACAUGGUGUUGUGAGCCGGCCAGGAACAGGGACAACAAUGCAACCAGCGGCGGGGUAUAUUUCAGUGAAUAUGAUUCCCUAUCGAAUGGCAGAGGAACAAGUGGGCCGACCUAUUUAUACCGUUCCACCAAAUGUGAGGCUGGCCUUGACACCUGCACCACCAGAACGAGUGGAAGAGCUGGUCAGAGCAGCCUCGGCGGGUGGAACAUCUAGACCAAUGAGCCAAGGUAGUAGAGACAAUACAGCGACGCCUCACCGACCAUUGGGAAGUGCACCUGGUGCCCUUGAAAGCGUUGAUGAUUCACAUGAUAUGACGAGAGGGACUGAGUAUUUAGUAUCUCCAGAUGAAACAGCAGCUAUAGAGGAAGAAAUACCUCAAGUUGCUACUCAACCCAAUUUGACGGAAAUUACAUCAACAUGGCUUGCACAAGCAAUAUCUCGGGGUAUAAUCCAGGGAAUGCCACCGCCUGGUUCGCUCCAGACCACGGCGCCUGGUUUUACACGGCUACCAUCACAUGGAAUGGUUCGAGGAAUACCCCCACCAAGUUUGCAACCAAGCACGGCACCUGGUUUUGCACAAACUGCAUCUCAAGGAACGCCACCAUCAAGUUUUGUGCCAAACAGAGAUCGACUUGCCGAAAACAUAUCAGAACCUAUUUUACCCACUAUUCCUGAAUUACCAGCCCUGUCCCCAGAAACUUCAUCUGGCGUACUACCUAUAAUAUCUUCAGAAACUACCCAAGAAACUAAUUUGAAUCAACCAGCAUCUAGUCAACUCAGAACCAACCAAAGAAAUGCCGUUCUUAGUGUGGUACCGAAUGAAGAAUCAAGUUCAGGACAUGGGUUGCCUCCUGGAUUAUUGCAAACAAUGACGCCUGGAUUGACGCCUGUAAUGACGAGAAGCUUGUCUACAGGUUUGUCACCUGAAGCUUCUUCCAGUCUCACUACAGACUUGAUUUCUAAUGUGAAUCAAGAAUAUGUUCCUGGUGCAAUCCAUCGUAUUAGUGAAGGAAUCCCCUUAUCUUCAACUCAAAGACCAGCACCCCCAGUACCAAAUUUUGGAGUUAUUGGUGAUCGAUCACGGCAUAUUUCGCGACCAGUUGCACAGCCGAUAACACUGCAGUCAUCUUUUCCUGAAGAGAGCCGCACCGUAAGUCCGACGACUAUUAAAGAUGGUGAACAACCCGGGCUUGAAGAAAAUCGAAAUGAAACUUUGAUGCCCAUUGAAAAUGAUUCAAUUCUGCAGCAGCCAUCAGAAUAUAGUGGAAAGAAGCAAGGUCAACUGCGAAAGGAACCUGAGGACAGAGAAACUACUAGUGACUUGGAGCAAUCAGCUUUUAAAAAACAGAAAACAGAAAAGUAA